AGAAGAAAAAAUUUUGAAAAAGAAUAAAACCAAUCGAAUGCUCAAUCGGAUUGAAAAUAUAUUUGAAAAGCUCGAUCGUAUCUGUCAACUUUUUAUACAAAAAGGAAACACAUUCAACUUGGAUAAGGUUUUACGUAUAGCAUUCUAACUUUUCCCAAGCGAACGUUUAAGUUUUAAGCCGUAUUAUGGGGGAACAUUUAUGUCGCUGGCUACCCACAUAAAGAGUUCCCACGGCGCAAGCUCAGUAUGUGAAGAGCUUGCAAGGUAUACGUCGGCCUGCAGACCUUGUUUUCAAACAGUCGUCGAGGUUGAACGGGUGCCUCGCGUACGUUCGAGCUUCUUGAUCGACGCGAUCUCUUUUUCUCCGAUGGAUCAUCGUUUUUUAAAAACAAUUGCGAAAUUUGUGAAGGAUGGAUGGGAAUGAAAAGAAAAUCUUGAAGAUCCCUUCGAGGAAUCUCGUUCGACGUGUUGUUAAACAAUUUAAUGUCAAAAAUUGAGACCUUUCGAAAGAAAAUUAUUAAUCAAGUGCCGGAAAAAUUUCAAAAUCGAAACUAAAAAAAGUAAAAAGUCGUUUCGGCGAUUUCUUUUCUCACGUACAAACUUGUGAAUUUCUUUUUUCUUUCCCUUUUUCUUUUUUAUAUAUAAUCAAGAAACAACUGUCAUCUAUAGAAGUUAAUUCGUAGAUCAUACGAUCUUGUAAUAUCAACGAAUGAUAUCGGUUACGUUGACGUUUCAAAAGUGAAACGUUUCAAGAUCGAUCUUUCGAUCGUAUUUUCGACAUCGUUCUUCAUGUUUGUUCGAAGCCUUUUGAUCAGGACGUUAAUUACGACGGUUAAUAAAAGUCACGAGGGUAUAUCACGAAAAAUGAUAAGAUCGCGGACUCCAUAAAAUUGACUAUUUCCGAGACGUAUUCACGAAUGAAAUUAUCACUAAGACUAAUCUCCAUUUUAUUAUGUGACUUUUGAUCUUCGUCUCGUUGACGAAACACGAAUAUUAAAAAUUAAGGUAAUAAGAUUCUAUUUAAAGAAACAAAAAUUUUUUAAAUCGAAACGACGAACGAAAAAAGAAAUAAAAAACAAAAAAAAAAGAAAAGAAAGUAAAAAACAAAUAGUAAAAAGAAUUUCGCGAAGCUCGUGAAUUUUUAUUGCAUAAAGCGAAUCGUCAUCAAACAUGCGAUAUUAAGUCGAGGAAGAAGUUCUAGUGUAUCCUCGCCGUCUGCGAUAGUGCGAAAGGUUGAUCGCUCGAUCCAAGGUUAUCUAUGACAUUCGAAGACUAUACGAACGUGCAACGAGGCCAACUUAUGAGUAUUCGCUUGAACGAUAUUUAUCUAGAUGUAUACGUAAUUAUCGUUCUCACGAUCUAAACGAGGUAAAACGACAUUUUGCCAUUUCUAAGGAAAGAAAAAUAUCGAACUUCGUAGAAUUCGAUCGUUCGAAAGUGUCUCUCGAUUUAUACCGGACAAACAUUGUGACUUUCCUUUCGAUCGAUAAAAGGCCAUCCUCACAAAAUUGCAGUACUUUAUCUCUCUCUCUCUCUCUCUCUCUCUCUCCCUCUCUCUCUCUAUCUUUCUCUCUAUCUCUCUCUCUCUCUCUCUCUCUCUCUCUCUCUCUCUCUCUCUCUCUCUCUCUCUCUCUCUUAUGCGGUAAUGGGAUUACGAGUACUUAAUUGUACGUCAUCCGGUGGAGUGCAUCUGUUUAUAUCGACGCCUUGUUUAAUGAAGUUAACACGUGGUAAUUGCCUUAAGAGUAUCGCUAUGAUACGGUAAUAGGAAAGACGAAAAGAAAAAGAAGACAAUAAAAAGAGAAAAAAGAACAUAGAAGAAGAGUAAUGCGAGCGUAGAAAGUUUCACAAAUUUUUUUAGGGUCCUUGAUUUUUAUCGGAUUUUAGAAUUGACCAGGUAGUUUUCUUUUAACGAUUAUUCAGAAUUUCCACGAAAAUUACCCACGACAGAUGGAUAACGUUCGUUGUUUCUACGAACAUGACGUUGUUUCUACGAAAAGUCAGAACGUACAGUGGAUGAACGAAGUAGUGAACAUGGGAAAUCUGAAGAAAUACAAUUGCAAUAAUGGCAGCGAAUGUAGCACACUCUCGGGUGUGUUCAAUUGCAGUUUAGGACAUUGCUCGAAUAUGAGCGAAUUGAUGCUUUGUCAUCAUAAGGCGGACGGUAUCAUGGUCGAUAGUGAGAAAGAUAAUAUGAAACUUAAUGGCUUCUUCAGUUGCCAGAAUUCGAGAUGUACGAAAAUCAAGAGGCCUUUCUCGUGCGAUCGAUACUGCCCUAAGAUAAUCACGAACGAUAUCAACGUCUUUCUCAUGCAAGACGAUAACGUCAUCACGGCUAAGUGUUCUCAUGGCUUAGCACUGAAUAAAGCUAAUGGAAAUUUGCCUGGUACGAGACUAACAGAUCCGGUGAAGAUUUGGGAUGAAGAAAGUGGUAGCAUCGUUGCAAGUUGUCUAAUGGUUAGCAAAAAAGGAAACAUCAUUAGAACGGAAGAUUGCGUUAACGGCACGUUUUUGAAUAAAAUCACGAUUCCCGAACACUAUGUCAAUUUUACAAGUUUUCUCAAUAUUUACGAGGAAAGUCUUCAGUAUCCCGUCGAUUCAGAAAAUGCUUACAUGCCCGCCCAACGAUCGCUUACAAUCUACAACAAUUCGCGUUUGUACAUCAACCUGGAGGGUUGCGUCAACACUCUUAAGGGUGAGUGUCGUGAUUUCCUUAAAAGUCACGGACGAGAUGGCGACAAUCAAACGGCUCAAAGUAGAUAUCCCUGUUAUUACAAAAAGAACGACUCGUUCUUUGUUGUGGCACGUUUUGAUCUGAACAAGACAAAAACCGAGUUACUUAUCGCUAUCAUCGUACCGUCGGGACUUUUCGUUAUCAGCUUGAUAACCUUGAUUGUGAUAACUCGCUCAGUGCAAGUUGGCGAUGACGCUAAGAUGCGAUGUAGAUAUUGCACAGAGAAGAAUGAGGACGAGGGCGAGGACGAAGGAUUGGUUGAAGGUACACCUACUACUCCUCAAGAUCAUACCAAUGAGAAUGAGAUCAGAAGUAUGUCGCUCUAGCAGUUUACACCGCUCGGCAUGAGCAAUUCCUUGAAAUACGAAAGAUUGCCGUUGAUCGACACGGACGAAGCCGAAGAUUCUUUCUAAAAGGAAAACUAAAUCAAAUAGAAAAGAAUCGACAAAACAUCGAAAUACGUUUAUAGACGCAAGGAAAGUAAAAGCAAGGAAAUGAAAGAAAAAGCUAAGACUACAGAUCUUAUUACACACAUCGUCUUCCCGAUGCGAUAAUUCGAAUGAAAUUGAAUAGAAAAGAAAACAAAAGAAAAGAAAUGGAAAGAAAAGAAAAGAAAAAAGAAAAGAAAAAAAAAAAAGAAAAGUAAAAAAGAUAUUAAAUACAUACACAAAUAUACCCAUAUAGGGGCCAAAUUAUAAUAUAUGUAUUUAACUGUAUAUUUAUAUACUGUGCAUUUAUUAUGAGAAAUAUUUAUAAUAAUUAGAUCACUGUUGCCUUCGAUGUAUCGUGACCAUUGCGUGUCAAACUUAAACCGAUCCGACAUUUUCUAAAGUAUCUAUAUGAAAUCCGUACUACUCUGUCGUUCCUAUCGAUUAUUAUCGAUGUAAAAAAAGGAAGGAUUAAUAUGAAAGAGUUAAAUUUACAUGAUCGGCUUUCGGUGACAAGCUUUCGUGUAUGUACAAAAGUAGUUUUAGGAGAAGACCUAUGUAUAUAUAAAUAUAUACAUACAUAUAUAUAUAUAUGUAUAUAUAAAUAUAUACAUACAUAUAUAUAUAUAUAUAUAUAUAUAUAUAUAUAAUAUAUUGUUACGAAAUAAGGGAUGUUCAACGAAAAUUUUUUUUAACGCUCUAGCGUUAACGUAAAAGAUAAGUAUCGUCUUUUUGAAACGAGUUCUUAUUUUUCGAGAACUUUCUUUAGAAUAAGAGUAUUUUACUUAAUCUGUGUAUAAUGUAUAACUUUGUAUGUCAGUUCAACAGCUACAACUGCCUUUAAUUUUCUUUAGAAGAAGAAUAAAAACUAAAAUAAAAAUAUAAAAAAAAAAAGAAAAAAAUAAAAAACAAUAAAUAAAAAGAAACAAAGAAAUCUUUAAGAUGAUCGAACAAUUAAACGAAAAUAAUAUAAUUUGUUCACAAACGGAUAUUCUUCUAUAUAUGUAUUACUUAUAUAUUAUUAUUAUUAUUAUUAUCAUCAUCAUCAUCAUCAUCAUUAUCAUUAUUAUGCAGAAUGUCUAAAGAAUAUGGAGAUAUUUUAAGGGUUAUUUCAGCACAUCUAAAUAAUAAAAAAAAAUGCAUACAAAAAUAUAUCCUAUUUGACUUCGUUUUCGAAUUACGAGCGAAUUUUUUUAUCGCAAUAGUUGUUCUUUCGUUAGAUUGAUGAAAUUCAAUGAAAUGAAAAAACUAAAUACAUUUUUCAGCAAAUCCAAUCAACAUCAGAACAUAUGAAAAGAAAGUUAUUAGUAAGAUAUUUUGUAGUGUUGUAUUCAAAAGCGAGAAAAUCAUUUCGUAUAUCUCUUGUAAAAGUAAGCAAAUGGACUUCGUUAAAUAUCCACUAUAAUUUGUAAACAAAAUCAAAUAUGUUUCUGUGAAUUAUUUUUAUUGUUUAGAUGCUUUGAAAUCAUCCCUAAAAUAUUUCCCAAUAUUCUGAGACAUCGCGUAUAAUGAAUGGCGAAAGUAACGAACAUAAAAUUUGUUAUCGAUUCGAAAUCGAAAUUAUAACUGAAUUAUAGUUCAAAGAAAAUCAACAAUAAACGUUAUUAUUAUAAUAAUUCAAAGCAUUUCUAUACGGCGAGAAUUAUUCGAUACGCCAUCGAUCGAUAUAUUGACUCUCGAAAGUCUCAUUGCGUUAAUUAAAAGCAAGACGUAUUUGCAUAGGACAUUAAGAAUUCGUGAGAGUAAUCAUAUGGAUAUAUGGCAGAAGAGUAUAGUGGUUUUUUAUGAUCACUUAAUCAUCGUCUGUUUCCAGAACGAAGUACUAGUUAUGUUCAAUUAUAUGUAUAUAUAUAUAUAUAUAUAUAUAUAUAUAUAUAUAUAUAUAUGCGUGUAUGAUCCAUAAGCCGAUAAUCGUUUGAAAACUAUAAGAAAAGAAAAUAUUACAUUAAACAUACGAUCUAAUUACAUGUAAUAUUGACUAGAAAUGUAUAUCGGUGUCAGCUUAUAUUUCACAUUUAACAUUCUCAUCAUUGCAAUUUUUCAAUUAUGCGUAUAAAAUAUUUUAUAAGACUACAUAUAUAACGAAUUUCAUUGGAUAUCUUCCGUGGUAAGCGAGUGUAAAAAAGUAAAAACAAAAAAAAAAUAAUAUAACGAGAGAAAGUUCUUACGUGUAUAAAACAAAAAUAUAUACGUACCAAGAUAAAUUACCGAUCUCUAAAUUCACUGUUAAUCUAUGUGCCUUCUCUUCCGUUUAGAUAUUGAUCGCGAUAAAAAUUUCGUGAUCUUUUAGUUCAAGAAAUAUCCAAAUAAAAAUGUGGCCACAUUAUGUAACUGUCUAAAAAAUGUUUCUAUUAAUGGAGAAACAUUAAAAAAUUGUAUUUUUUUUGUAUGAUAACGAUCUGUAAUAAAUGUAUAUCGUAAAAAUUGUAUUUUCUUUGUCUCUUUCCAAAGUAAAUAUACUGUAUCGGUCGAUUUUUUUUCUUUUGAUUCAUAUGUUUCAAUGUAUGUCUGUAUGCAUGUAUAUGUG